AACAGGGUGUGUUACAUUUUUUUUUUUUUGGUUUAGAAACGGGGUAAAGAAACCCAAAAGAAGAGAGCGCUAGUUACAAACUAAACGGGACAAAGCUACCAUUUGUUCAUCAUCAGACAAGAAAACUACUACCUCAUUUGGAGGAAUAUCCCAAAAGUGGAACUCAAUAGUCAAUAUCUAAUUUUAAACUUUUACGUGUCAGGCAAUCAGCACAUCUAUUGCCUUCUCUGUAAAUAUUUACAAAAAGGAUGUUCCAUUCUUUGUUACAUACUUCUCGUUUUUUGUUUCAAUUUGAUCAUAAAAGACCUUUUUUUUGUUCGUAGGAUCAUAAAAGACUUGGAUCAUACUAGACACCUCUAUUGGGCCUUUAACAGAUCCUCUAUUGCUGUUCUACAGUUCAAUUUGAUAGGUCUAGAAUUACUCUUUAACUUCUGUGUAUAAAUGUUCACUAUUUUAGAAACAAAAAAAAAUGCUUAUUAUUUUGUGAAUGAAUUCUGUGUAAAAAUGUUGUCUGACUAGAUAACAGUCUGCAUUUCUUUUUUGAUUUUUUGGUUUGGUCAUGGACAGGCUGCAUUUUUAACAAGUAAAAAUAUCUUCACAAUGGUGCAAUGUUACUUAUUCUUAGGUUUUCACCAAACAGCCAUUUACCAUCCCUCCCCUGCUUCCGCCUCACCGACACCGCAAAGCUCCUCGAUUCGCUCGAAGAAGAAAUCCACCAGAGCCACGAAAACGACGCCGUGGAGAGGCUCUUGAAGGUGCUGAUGAUGAUGAGAACCAAAACGGCGCCGCUGCACGCACUCCAGCCUCUGAAAUGGGACCUCGGCCUCCCCGAUUGCUUCGAGAAAACCCUAAUCCCCAAAUUCCCCGAACAGUUCCAGCUGGUAAAGUACCCUAACGGCGUGAGCGGACUGAAAAUAUCGCAAUGGCGGGAAGAUCUGGCGGUUUCAGCAUUACAGAAGAUGAAUGAGUGCAGAGAAUCAAAGAGAGGAAAAGCUGCAUUAGUAUUUCCGAUGAGGUUCCCGAGGGGUUACGGAUCUCAUAAAAAGGUUAGGAGUUGGAUGGAAGAGUUCGAGAAGCUUCCAUGUAUAUCUCCGUAUGCAGAUUGCAGUAAAAUUGAUCCUGAAAGUGAUUUGAUGGAGAAGAGGGUAGUUGGAGUUCUGCACGAGUUUCUGAGUUUGAGUAUUCAUAAGAAAACAAAGAGGAACUACCUUCGGAGUUUGAGACAAAAGUUGAGUCUUCCGCAUAAGUUUACAAGGAUUUUCACUCGCUACCCUGGCAUCUUUUACUUGUCUCUCAAGUGUAAGACUACUACUGUCACUCUCAGAGAAGCUUAUCAGAGUGGGAAGCUUGUGGAUCCUCAUCCACUUGCUCGCCAUAGAGACAAGUUCUAUCAUGUCAUGAGAACCAGCCUUCUCUACCGGGCCAAAGGCGCCCUGCUAGAGGAGGCCGAUCCUCAUGUUCAUGGAGGAGAGGAUUCUGAAGAGGUUGAAUGGAGUGAUGAGUUGUGUGAGGAUGAGGUUUCGGAUUCAGAAGAUGAAUAAUUUGUUUUAGUGUUAGUUAAACACAUUCUUUGUAAUUUAAUCUUCACAUUUUGUUUUUCCCAUUCAUUUUCAGGUAGUUUCUUGUUUAUAAAGAAACUCAGGAACAAAUAAUAAUGCAAGUAUAAGUA